AUGUUACCGCGGUUCCUCCGAGCCUCGAUUGCCGCCGUGCGGAACUUCUCGGCAGAUGCAGCCGCCGUGAGGGCGAAGCCGGCGUCAACCUCCGAUGGGUUAACCAGCGGCAAGAACGUCAACAACGGCGUCAGAGACACGCUUUGCCGCAGGAUACUAGGUCUGGUGUAUACGAAGCGUAGCGCCGUCAUCGCCAUCAACAAAUGGAAAGAGGAAGGACGCAAGGUCCAAAAGUACCAGCUUAAUCACGUAGUUCGAGAACUCCGCAAGUUUAAACGCUACAAGCAUGCGCUUGAGGUCUGCGAGUGGAUGCAAAUUCAAAAAGAUUUGAAACUACUGCCAGGAGAUUAUGCCGUCCAUUUGGACUUGAUUGCCAAAAUUAGAGGUGUCAACAGUGCAGAAAAGUUUUUUGAAGAUCUUCCUGAUAAUAAGAAAGACUACACAACGUGCAGUGCCCUUCUACAUACCUACACCCAGCACAAAGAAUCGGUUAAGGCAGAGGCGUUGUUUGCUAAAAUGUCGGAACUUGGGUUCUUGAAGCAUCCUCUUCCUUACAAUCAUAUGUUGAAUUUGUACAUCUCCACCGGCCAAAUGGAAAAGGUUCCAGAUGUCAUCCAGGCAUUAAAGAGGAAUGCUUCACCAGAUGUGGUCACCUACAACCUGUGGUUAUCCGUGUGUGCAUCGCGGAAUGAUGUAGAACUCGCUGAAAAAGUGUUCUUGGAGCUACAGAAGGAAAAAAUAGAUCCCGAUUGGUUGACUUACAGCACAUUAGCCAACUUGUAUAUUAAGAAUUCACUUAGGAAGAAGGCAGCUUCCACUUUGGGGGAAAUGGAGAAAAGGGUCUCCAAGAAAGUUCGGGGUGCUUAUUCCUCCCUCAUUAGCUUACACGCAAGCCUGGGAAAUAAAGAUGAGGUUUACUUUAUCUGGAAGAAGAUGAAGACCCUGUUCCGCAAGUUAAAUGAUUCCGAGUAUAUGUGCAUGAUUGCAUCGUUAGUAAAGCUCGAGGAAUUCAAGAAAGCAAAGGAGCUAUAUAAAGAAUGGAGAACCGUUUCCCCUACUGGUGACACUAGGGUUCCUAAUAUAAUUCUCGCUGCAUAUAUAAAUGGGAACCAGAUGGAAAAGGCCGAGAAAUUUCACAAUCAGAUGGUGGAAGAUGGUUUCACUUCUAGCUAUACCACUUGGGAGCUUCUAACUUGGGCUUACUUGAAACAAAAGCAGGUAGACAAGGUACUUCACUGUUUCACUAAAGCUAUUGGCAGUGUGAAAAAAUGGAAUUUUGAUGAAAAAAUGGUUCGAAAAAUAUUUGAGGUUCUUGAAGAAAAUGGCGAUAUUGAGGGAGCAGAAAAACUUUUAGUUACUGUUCGCCGUUCUGGAAACUUGAAUACAGAUAUAUAUAACUCGGUCCUGCGAACUUAUGCAAAGGCUGGAAAAAUGCCACUUGUGAUUGCUGAAAGGAUGAAAACCGAUGGUGUGGAUUUGAACGAGGAAACUCAGCAGCUCCUAAAACUCACAAGCAAAAUGUGCAUCUCUGAAGUUCCCAGCUCUUUUACGUUGUUUUUUUUAAUGGCGGAUGAAAAUGGAAAUGUGGACAAUCUUGCUGGUUUUCUUGAGGAUGGAAUGCCAUGGCUUCUUCCCACAGAUGUUCUCGAUGAGCUUUUGCCUACGCCGUGUGAUCAAAAUAAGUUGGCGGAUAAUCAGAAGCACCGCCAGCGCCAACCGAAACGCCUUCAUUCAAGACCACCGUUGACAGCGGCAGUGGCAGCGGAGCCACCACAUCCUCACCCGGGGUGGGAUUCUAGCCAACCAAGGCCUCAAAGAACAAGAAAUGGGACGAAUACGAAAGUGACAGUAGGUGGACCAGGAAUGCAGGUUGUAUUCUUAGAUUCCGGCAAGCCACGGUCCGGCGGGACAGGUGUCUUUCUUCCCCGGCGAGCUGGAACAGAAUUUCAGCCAUCCAAUAAGCCUGCCUGUCCACCUGUUCUUCUUCCAGCUCGUGUUGUUCAAGCUCUCAAUCUUAAUGUCCACAAACUGUGUUCACAACCACAAAAGCCCCGACAAGAGUCCGUCGGCAAAAAAUCCAAAGGUGGUGGCGGCGGCGGCAACGGUAACGCCGGCAACUUGCUGAAGGUUAAAAACAACGACAAUAGUAAUGAUGAACCAUUAAGGGAAGUAGAAAAACAAUGGUCUUCGCCGGAGGCUUUCCUACCCAAGGAGUGGACUUACUAG